AUGGCUUUGUUUUUUAGGAUUGAAGAUAUAUUACCAUAAGAGAUAGAAGAUGCUAAAAAUUUUAAGGGUUGGCUUAAGAAGAAAUCUCCAAACUUUCUAGGUGGAUGGUAAAAAAGGUACUUUGUUAUAGCAGCAAAUGGAGAAAAGAGCUAUUCCCUAGCGUAUUUUGAAAAUGAGAAAGAUCCAAAGCCAAAAGGACAUAUUGAUAUAGCAAAGAUAUAGGAUAUUCAUUAUGAUGGUGAUCGCAUUUUUAGCAUUAUUUAUCCAGAGAGAAAUUUUGAUUUAAAGCCAAAGACAAGCUAAUUGAGAGCAUAGUGGUCCAGAAAUUUAAUGAUUAUAAAGAAGUGGCUUUAGAAAAAGUAUCCAAACAUGCAAAAACCUCUUGAACCUCUUACAAAUAGUUAAAGAAGCAGUAUUGUCUCUCCAAGAAAAAGUUGGAAGACCUUUUCAGAGAGAUCAUUAUCUUCUAUUUGCGUAUAAAAAGACAGAGUAUCAAAUCUAGAUUCAAAUAACUCUGGAUCGGAAUCUAAGAGUCCUGACUCAGCAAGAAUGGGCAGCAAAUCUAACUUGGAUUUAGAAAUAGAUAACAAUUACUUAAUUCAAAAGUGCGGUCUAAUAGACCACAUUAAUCCAGAAAGCCCUAAAUAUCAAAAUAGAAUACUUUGUGGCUUUUUACACAAGCGUUCUAAAGGAAAAGUAAAAUAUUUCAUGAAGAGAUGGUUUAUCUUGAUUUCUGCUAAGCCUCUUAGCUCUGAAUAUUUUGAUGAAGAGAUUCUAUAAGAAACUGACUUGCCUCCAUGGAUGGAAUUAGAUACUUUAUACUAAUUUAAGAUUGAAAGCAAGGAAAAUAUAGGAAAACCAAAAAAAGGUUUAAAAAUGAAUUAGUGUAUUGAAGUCUUUGAUAAAGAUAUGAGCAAAUCAAAGGAGAAAGGUUUUACUUUCUCAAUUAAUAUGGGCGAUAGAUUAUAUCAUUUAAUGGCUGAAACAGCAGUUGAAAGAAUAACAUGGGUCUCUAAAUUAAAAACUUCAAUAAAAACUAUCAAAGAACUCAAUAAAGGAAAUCUUAAAAUCAAGAAGAAUAUAGAUGGAAUUUUAAAAGAAUAUGACAAUCAUACAAGUUUUAUAGAGAGAAGAAAGGGUUUGAGAGAAAAAAUAGAUGCCGAUAUUUUAAAAUUUAAAUCAACAGCUCUUGGAAAAGAGUUAACUGAAGAUGAAAAAAUAUAAGAUUUAGAUAUAUUUCUAAAUUUUCUUUAAUUGUUAGCCACAGAGAUGUUAGAUGUAAUGAAUGCAUGCUUGGCCAAGCAACCUAAAAGAGAAGAUUUAAUUAAAGAAUAUACUGAUUACUUGCAUGAACAUAUUUGCAACCUUCUGAAAGAGUUCUGGGAAGAAAGGUUUUCCACAUUUGAUGGUGUUUCACUUCUAAAAUUGUCAACUUGGAUUAGCAAAUACCAGGAAGAUCUAAAAAAAUUUAUCAACGAUGAUAGAAUUGAACAUGGUCUUAACACUUUAAUUAGAAUUCAUACUAAUAGAAGUAUAGAAGCUGCAGAAGGAAUCAUAGAUGGAAUACUAGAAUAUGAAAGGAAAAAUAGUCUUUAGGAAGAGUUAGAUAGAGCUAUUAAAGAAAAAGAAAUUCUUACAAGCACAACUUAUGUUGAUUUGUUUAAAAUAAUAAAUGAAGGACUAGAUUUUAGUUAUGCUAUUUGCUCUUGCUAAGAAUUAGUAAAAUAAUUCGGAUUCUACGGAUCACAAUUAAUACAAUAUUACUUACAAGGAGUUUAAAACAUGAUUGAUGAAAUGGAUUUUUCCAUCAACUAAUUGAUUUGUAUCUGCAAUAACACACUCAAUUUUAAUGACAGUAGCAAUAAAUAUUACAAUAGACUUAUUUCAAUCAAAGGAAUCAAAGAAGAAGAUAUUGAGAAAGCUUACAAUAAAAGUUUAAUUGCUAAAUCGUUUAUUAAUUUAUCAAAUAACGCUUACAACAAAGUAGAAAAUUACAUUCUUGAUGAAUUACCAACCUACUUUAGCAAAAAGGCAUUUCUUGAAAUCAAGCUCGGCGACACUCUUUAAUAAUUUGUUGAAAGCAGAAUUAAAUCAAUCAAAAUUUUCCAUGAUCGCUUUUAACGUAAAGCUUGGAAAUAAAUUCUAGACUAGCUUAUCCUCUAUUAUUUCUAAUGCAUGAUUUUGAGUUGCCCAAAAGCUAAAAAAGAGCAAAUUGAUGACUUUGUCGAGAAGUUGGAAGAUGAUCAAAAAUUACUUGAAGAAGAAUUUAGUACCUUUUUAACUGAUUCUAGCUUAAAGACUAGCUUAAAACCAUUUUAAGAAAUGAUUGAUUUUAUCACAGAAGAUUCUGAAAUUAAAAUUUAGAAAAACUGUAGAAAUUUGAGAGUUUGCUUUGGGCCUGCAUUCACCUUUAAAACUGUCAAAACCAUUUUGGAACUUAGAAAAGACUUGGACAAAGAAACAAGAAACGAUAUGAUUCAGUUUUGUCAAGAUACACUCCAACUCUACAAUAAAGAGCAUGCUUAAGAAGUAGAAGAGUAAGAAAUUGACAUGCGUAUAAAUGUUUUGGGAGUGGAGUAACAGAUGUAAAGAGACUCGAUGGAGAUAGAAACAGCAGACUCAAUAGAUGGUGAGUUAAAAAAACGUAAAACAAUAUCCCUAAGUUUAACUAUGAACGAUGGAGAUGCCACUCAAGAACAGUUGCAUUAAGAUGUUAUUCCAAGAAAAGAUAGCUACAUGAGUAGAAGAAGCACUCUAGAUGAUCAAAAACCUAGGGAAUUCAUAGAAGAAGGAUAUCUAUUAAAGAAGAGCUUGAAUAGCAACUUCUAUGAAAAGAGAUAUUUUAGAAUAAGAAAUGGAGUUCUCUUUUGGUACUUAUCUGAAAGAGCACAAGAAGUCUAAAAUAAAAUUGAACUUUCAGGAGUAGAAGAUAUCAAAGAAAAAGAAGAAAGCUGUUCAUUUUAACUCAAUCUUGAAGAUAAAAAAUCUGGAAAAAAGGGUAAAUCAUAUAAAUUGAAAGCUGAAAAUCUGGAAGAAAUGACAUUGUGGGUUAAAACUCUGCGUAGAGAAUUGAAUAAAAUUCAUAACUACAACAUAGAAGAAGAGCUAAAAUUUGAAGCUUAAAAAACUGGUUAAGGUAAGGCACUACUAUUCAAAGACUACGAUGCUAUCAGAAGAGCUCAAAGAGUUAAAUAAAAAUUGGAAGAGAAAAAGAAAAAACAAGAAGAAAAGGAAAGAUUACGUAAAGAAGAAUUAUCAAGAACUUUAAGUACUCAAAAUAGAGAAUCAAAAAAUAGAAUAAGUUUAGUGAAGUAAAAUACAUAGUUAGAUUUUCCUAUUUCUAACAAGAACAAUAGAGCACUAGAACUUUCAGAAAGUCCCAAAUUUAAAAGUCAUGGGUAAAUAAGGAUGGCUCCAUCUUGUGGAUGCUGGACUAAGUUCCUAUCAUUCUUUGGAGUUUCUAAAAAUUGA